UUUAAUUAAAUUUUGAUUUCUCUGCUCAAUCUGACGUUACUCAAUGCUCUGCUCUAUCCCGACCGCUAAGUCCGGUUCCAACUGGCUGGACCGGCUUCGUUCGAUCAAGGGGUUCCCCGCCGCCGACAACCUUGACCUCGACCAUUUCCUCUCGAAUCCCAACCCUCCCGCUUCUCCGCUCAUCAAUGCCUCCGAUUCGCCGGAUUCAAACGCCGAGUCAACUCACUCCAACGACAAACAACUCCAAAAUCCCAACCCGCCGCCACCACCUCCGGAGGUGACAUCCGCCGAGCCAUCCGGAGACAAGAAAUGGUUUGGUAUAAUGACCAAUGUCCUGUCGGAGCUCUUCAACAUGGGCGAACAAGCCCCAACCUCCAGGUUUUCCAAGAAAAAAUCUUCCAGGAAACAAACAAACCCUAGAAUUUGCAUUUUCAAUACCCCCGACGUUAAUUCUACCGAGGAACGGAAAAGCAGUUCGGAUAACGUGAGAAAAGACAAGGACGUCCUCGUUUCAACGAGGUCGUUGAGUUCAAGGGAAGAAGCGAAGAGGGAAUCGGAACAAAGGAGCCAAAAUAACAACGUGGAAGGAGAAGAAGAAGAAGGAGAAGACAAAGGAGAAGCAGAGAGGGAACUGGUUGGGUACUCGAGAAGUGAAGCUACGGUAAUAGACACGAGCUGCAAGGAAUGGAAAGCUGACAAGCUUAUCUUCAAGAGGAAAAAUAUCUGGAAAGUUAAAGACAAGAAAGGAAAGUCACGCGCCAUUGGUAGAAAGAAGAGGAAACCACCUCCUCCAUCUCAAGACAAUUGUGUUUGUAAUAAGAAACCAAAGAUUUCGAGUUUGGAGCUGAUAGAAACCAGUAGAACACAAUGUGGAUCGCCUAUAAAUCGUGUAAGAUUUAAGGGACGGAAUGCUCCAGAUGACAAAAGGGAAGAAGUUCACAAUGAGGCAGCUGAUGGUCUUACCCAAGUUCUUAGAAAUAGGUUUCCUUACUCCAGAUUACCUCGGAAAUCAGGAAAGGGAGGUUCUUCUGUUAUCCUUAUGAAGGCUAUUCCUACAGGCAAGAAAAAUGGAGGAAAGCUUGCCAUGAACCUGAAGGACUCACAGAGGAAAUAUAAAACGUUAUAAAUCCAUCAAGCCUGUCUGGUAAAAUACCCAAUUCUGCAGUUGAGCCAGCAAUUGGUUCUAUUUUGAGUAUGCCUUGCUCCUAUUGGUGGAUGGAUGGGAUUCAAAUGGCUAUGUCUGAGGUUUUGGGGCUAAAAUUGGCCCCUAACUUCAAGCCUGUGGGUCAGGUAUUUACUUGAUAAAAAAUAAUAUGGAAAUUUAUAUUUAGAUUUGAGAAGAUGGUCAUGUUGGAUGUUCCAAUCAGAAGCUCAUUGUAAAC